GUCUGACAUUCUUGUAAACUACCCAAUCAGGAACAAGACUUUUCCCCCAUCCCUCAUGAGCAUUGCUGACGCCAGCAGCGUAUAAAAAGCGAGCUCCGAGCCUGCUUCCGUUUAUUGUAUCUGAAAGCGACCGACACGAUGCCGGAUGAGAAGAAAGCGCAGGCAACUUCGAAGAAGGGCGCCAAGAAAAUCAUCAAGAAGGCGCCGGGGAAAGGCGGCAAGACAAAGAAACGAUCCAGGAAAGAAAGUUACGCCAUCUACAUCUAUAAAGUGAUGAAGCAGGUUCACCCCGACACCGGCAUCUCCUCCAAGGCGAUGAGCAUCAUGAACUCGUUCGUCAAGGAUAUUUUCGAGCGUAUCGCAGGGGAGGCUUCCCGCCUGGCCCAUUACAACAAGCGCAGGACCAUCAGCUCCCGGGAGAUCCAGACCGCGGUGCGGCUGCUGCUGCCUGGGGAGCUGGCCAAGCACGCCGUGUCGGAGGGUACAAAGGCGGUGACCAAGUACACCAGCUCCAAGUGAGACCCCACAUUGUGCUGAGAAAAACACACAUCCAAAACCCAACGGCUCUUUUCAGAGCCACCCACAAUUUCAAUGAAGCAGUUGAACCAUUUUACGUUUGUAAAUGAUUCUCGGUGUCUAUAAUUAAUGUCCCUAAUCUUUAUCUUUGUUUACACAAACGUUCUAAACAUUAACGUGCGGUCCCUGUCCCUCUGUCGGUUAGUUUCGGUUGCCUUCCUACCCAGUCUCUCCUCCCUCCCUGUACAGAAAGCACAUUCAUCGUCACUCAGGCAUUUUUUUUUCAACAACUCCUUUGUGUUCCAGUUAUUAUUUACCCCUUGAUCAGGAAUUUCACCCCCUGGAAAGAAAACUAACUGCUCGAGUCCCACGAACAGAUGUUGGGGGAUACUUGUCAUUGAGGAUAUCAGCUGUCGGUGAGAGGCUUUCAAAAUGAGCUGAGAUAAAGCCCGAGCCAGGAUUGCAGUCGCAAGUGUGAAACUGUGUUCAAGGAGAAUAUGGGAGGGCAACUUCAAACUAUUGUUUCAAGUUUUAACCCGUUCACCCCGAAAAACUUUGUUUUGCAGUGUGUGGGGCUUUUUGCUGUCGGUGAGAGGCUUUCAAAAUGAACCGAGACCAUCCGGAAAGACUGAUCCAGCACAAUAAGUGAGGGCUAUUUUACAAUGUUUUCGGAAAACGGUGUUGCUUCGGGAGUGACAGAGAGAGAUUAUGUGAAGUGAACAUUUUUAACUGAAAGGAAAUUAAAU